UCCUCUUAAUAAACUCGUACUUAUUACGCUCAUUCCCAGGUACUAAAGACGUAGUCUGCUGCCAUCUGGUGGCAGAUGGUGGAAGUGGUAUUCCCGGAGUGAGAAUCGCACGUGAGGAAAGUACCUAAAACAGAACACCGCAUUAAAUAAAUCUGAAAGAUGCCGUCUGAUGCCAAGAAGAAGCGUGACCAGAAGAAGAGGGAAGCAGCAAAAGCCAAACAGAGUGGAAAGAAAGUUGAAAGCAAAGAGGAGAAAGAGCUUCAAGAAAAUGGCAGUUCCAACAACUCCAAGAAAAAUUCCAGAGAAACUACUCCAAUGACAAAUGGGGUGAACGGUACUGAUACCCCUCUAAGUGCCGAAGAAAUUAUUUGCCGCAAGCUGGAAGAAGACAUGAAAAUUGCUGCAGAAGCUAGAUCUUGCACUGGUGUCCUUGCCAUUCACCCACGUGCACGGGAUGUGAAGAUUGACAACUUUUCUAUCACUUUCCAUGGAAAUGAGAUGCUGAAGGACACCAAAUUGGAAUUGAAUUGUGGCAGAAGAUAUGGUUUAAUUGGCACUAAUGGUUGUGGCAAAUCUACUCUCCUUUCUUGUUUAGCUAAUCGUGAGGUUCCUAUUCAAGAACACCUAGACAUCUUCCAUUUAGUACGUGAAAUGCCAGCUUCUGAGAAGACUGCUUUGCAGUGUGUAAUGGAAGUUGACAAUGAAAGAGUUCGAUUAGAAACAUUGGCAGAAGAAUUGGCUGUGAUGGAAGAUGAGGAAUCACAAGAUCAGCUAAUGGAUGUCUAUGAGCGCCUCGAGGAUCUUGGUGCUGACACAGCUGAAGCAAAAGCUGCUUUCAUCCUUCACGGUUUAGGUUUUACCCAUAAAAUGAUGGAAAAGAAAUGUAAGGAUUUUUCUGGAGGAUGGAGAAUGAGAAUAGCAUUGGCACGUGCCCUAUUUGUUAAACCCCACAUUCUCCUUCUUGAUGAGCCCACCAAUCACUUGGAUUUAGAUGCUUGUGUAUGGCUGGAGGAUGAGUUGGCCAAGUAUAAACGUAUAUUGGUGAUCAUUUCACAUUCUCAGGACUUCAUGAAUGGUGUUUGUAACAACAUUAUCCAUAUGGACAAGGAGAAACUGAAAUACUAUGGUGGUAAUUAUGAUGCAUUUGUUCGCACAAGAAUUGAGCAGCUGGAAAAUCAGAUGAAGCAGUAUCAAUGGGAACAGGAUCAGAUUGCUCAUAUGAAGAAUUACAUUGCAAGGUUUGGUCAUGGCUCUGCUAAACUUGCUCGUCAAGCACAGUCCAAAGAAAAAACACUGGCAAAGAUGGUUGCUGGAGGACUGACAGAGAAGGUAUCCAGGGACAAAUCAUUGACUUUCUACUUCCAAGAUUGUGGAAAGAUUCCUCCUCCAGUAAUCAUGGUUCAGAAUGUCAGUUUCCGCUACACUGAGUGUACGCCGGUGAUCUACAAGGACUUAGAAUUUGGUAUAGAUUUAGAUACCAGAUUAGCCUUAGUAGGACCUAAUGGGGCUGGUAAGUCGACAUUGCUAAAGCUACUGUAUGGUGACCUAACUCCAACCAAAGGCAUGAUCAGGAAGAAUUCUCAUUUACGAAUUGCACGAUAUCAUCAGCAUUUACAUGAACUUCUAGAUCUAGAUGCUUCUCCAAUAGAUUAUAUGAUGGCACAGUUCCCAGCACUGAAGGAGAGAGAUGAGGUUAGGAAAUUGAUUGGCCGAUAUGGUCUGACGGGAAAACAGCAGGUUUCCCCAAUCAGGCAGUUAAGUGAUGGCCAGAGAUGUCGUGUUGUAUUUGCCUGGUUGGCAUACCAAGUUCCUCAUCUUCUUCUGCUUGAUGAACCUACCAAUCACUUGGAUAUUGAUACUAUCGACAGUUUGGCUGAAGCUUUGAAUGACUUUGAAGGAGGGCUUGUGCUGGUUUCUCACGAUUUCCGGCUGAUUUCACAGGUGGCAGAAGAAAUAUGGAUUUGUGAAAACGAGACUGUGACCAAGUGGAAUGGAGAUAUUCUUGAUUAUAAGGAAAUGCUUAAGAAAAAAGUUAUCAAGGAUAAUGAGAAGAGAAAGAAGAUGUUUUAGGUAAAUUUUCGUAUAGUUUAUUUUUAUUUAUACCAGGAAGAUGGGAAAAUGUGCCCUGUGAGUAUUAGACAGAUGUUGAUAUAUGCCUUAUGAAUUUUUAUGUAACAACUAAUGUAUAAUCAUCAUUACUACAGUAGUACUUGGAAUUAUGUUGUUGUUUUAUUGGAAAUUUGACAUCAUCCCUCACUCAGAAGCCUUACAUGAACAUUCAAAUUCUUUUGGGUAAGGUGCAAGGACAUGGCUGUAAAAUAUCUUUCAAACUUGCCAGUAAUUACAUAGGUGUCCAAGUGUGGGAAUUAUUUGCUUGUGAGCUGAAAAUUUUUUUCAACUUGGAGUUUCAUGUACUACUUACAUAAAAAAAGAGAAAAACUACCAGUGUAAGAGGAAGAAAAUUAUAGUAGGUGUAAUAGAUUACUUAAAAUAUGUAAAAUUGUCUCCAAGAUCUGUUAGGUGGUAGUGGUGGUUCAGAAAAUCUCUUGAUUGACUUGUUUAAUGGAUGGUGAACUGAUGAAAUCUUGCUUUUGAUACCUGUCAGUGAACACCCGGAUCAGUAUAGUCCCAAUUGUAAUGAGACAUAAAACUGUUAUGUAUAGUCUGAAUUGUAAUGAAUAACUUGAUUUUUCAAGUGGUCUGACUAAUGAAUUGCUACCUGAGAGGUUUUAUUUUUAAUUUUUCAGUGAACUGAACAAAAUCUGUGAUUUUAGACUUUAUCUUGUAUUUUAUCCAUGAAUAUGUGAUAUUGUGAAUGGUAACAUUAUCUUGUUUGCUUGGAUAGAAAGCAAGUUUACAUCCGGGAUUUAGGAAGCUGGUGCUCUGACAGCACUGUUAAUGACUGCAUGAGAACUAAGUAUGUAAAGCUUUAACGUAACUGACCAUUAAUUUGCACAAAAGCAAUGAGUGUUACAGUAACUGGGGGACUUGUUAGUAAGUAAUUGUAGUGUUAUGGUUACUGUAUAUUGUAGUGUUGCACAUAACUGUAUGUAAAAGUAUCUUGUAGUGUAUUUCUUGAAUUUCCUUGUACCAAGGAAAUACACAUUAAAGUAUCAGCUUAGUUCUCAAGGCACCAGACUCAUUUCCUCUACUAGGGAUAUGGUGUUUGGUUGGUUUGUUGACUGGUAGCAGGAGUAUGUGAAAACUUAUGAAUGGAUUUUGAUGCAUCUGUGUGAAUAUUUAUUGGCAGACCCAGUGUAGAUUAAAAUUUGGAGAGUUUUGCUUAUAUUUCCCCCCAUAGGAACUUUGACUUACAUGUCCACCAAAAUCAUACAUGGAGAAUCCUCUCCUAAUGAAUACAUUAACCAAACAAAAGCAAAUGUUUUCUUGCGGUGGUUGGCAUUAUCUCUAUCAUUACCAUUACAACAUAAUUUUUACACCAUGUAAUAGAACCUUGAGCCAAAAUAGACUAAACCAAAUUUGUGCCGGAUGGCUGUGUUGCAUUUUCAAAUGUUAAGGCCAUUACUUUGGCAGAAGUUUAUAGUUUUUAUCUGCCCAUUUCUAGUGGUAUCCAGCUCAUAGGUAUAAAGUAUGAUAGAGAAAAAAUAAAAUCAUAGUUACAGGUAA